AUGGAUUCAAUGAUGAGCCUGAUCGAGGUGGCUUCCAGCACUGUUGCCAAGCAGUGCGAGGUCAUCACGAGAAUGACGCAUGCCCUCGCCACGCAAGGUGCACUUUCCGCGUCCCAAACGAACGAUCUUUUAGAGAUUCAGAAAACAAUCAGCAAGACAAUCGAAUCCCAGGCAAGCACCGUUCAGCGCUUGGCUGAAAGUCGCGCGGCCAGCAAGUGCGACUUCGGCCGAGCAAUGCCUGUCACGACCUUCCCGCGCUUCAGCCGAAUGCCGCCCGAAAUUCGCAAGUCAGUUUGGGAGAUGACACUACCAGAUGCCCGCGUAUUCGUGCCGUACGAGAACGAUCAAGACCAAAUAGCCCUCCGGCAAGCCUACAAGCCUCCUGCCGUACGAGCUGCUUGCAAAGAAGCUUGGCUCGUCACAGAAGAGAAGGGAAGAUUCGCUUUCGGAUACAAACAUACUCGUACUCAUGGGUUCUGGUUUAAUCCCAGCAAAGACAUUGUAUUCGUUCGAUACGAUGAGGUGUCCGAUGACGUCAAGGAAGCGAUCAAGUCUGCUCGUACUCAGAACAUUGCACUGCAGUGGUAUGAAUUCUUCUCGCAGAGGACCUGCGUUUCUCGAAUGGAGUGGGCCAGGGACUACCUCAAAUGCCGAAAACUCAUCGUCACAAUCCGUCAGCAGGUUAUGAGGAGCGUUGAAGACAUCUACUGUGCGCGGCUCUUCAAAUUGCUUGACCGUGACUAUGUCUUUAUGUCUCAGAACUGGAAGGACGACGAAGAUAACGACGACGAUGAAAAUGACAAUGAAGAUGAGGACGAUGAUGAUGGCGGCCAGCAAUGGGCCACUUGGGCAAAACUGAAGAAAAGGUUGGAGAAGAUUCAGUCCAACCGCCUGGAAAGACAGGACCGUCGUCUCGUUUUUGAAGGCAUGGAGCUUCUGUUCAAUAAGCGAACUUGA